AUUGGUUUAUUAUUGGCGACAGCGCAUUCAGUCGCGGGCAAGGAGGAGCCGUGUGACAAUGGUACAGCUAUCGCGAAUGGCACCGGCGUGGUCACCCAUGGCGAUCGCUUUCACCCCGAUUUCUAUCUUUCAGUCACACACGAGCUCCAAAAUGUAGCAUGCGAGCAACGCAUGUCUGUGUUGGUGAAUGGCACAUCCCCUGGACCGGUGCUACGACUACCAGCUGGGAAAACAAGCUGGGUGAGAGUCUGCAACCACAUGGAUGACUACAACACGACUAUGCAUUGGCAUGGUCUCACUCAACGUACAGCGCCAUUUAGUGACGGAUCCCCCGUCAGCCAGUGGGGAAUUGCACCUGGCAAGUGUUUCGAUUAUGAAAUACACCCCGAAUGGGACGAUGCAGGAUCAUAUUUCUACCACACACAUAUGCAUAUGGGAGCCAUCUCUGCUACUGGACCACUCAUCGUUGAGGAUUUCGGAUUACCCCCGAUUCCGUACGACGAAGAACGAUUUGUCUUCUUCCAAGACUACUACAAGAAGAGUGAUGAAGUACUGGAGCGUGGUCUUACGGCAGUCCCAUUUGUCUGGGUUGGUGAAGUAGAUGCGGUACUAAUCAACGGAGUUGGUGUGACAAGAAAUGCAACGGUCGGCCAGGGAGACUGUCAGCUCCCAGUUAUUGACGUAGAGCCCGGAAAAGUCUACCGCUUUAGAUUUAUAGGUGCGGGGGUCAUAUCUAUGGUUUCACUGGCCAUCGAGGGCCAUUCCGACUUCGAAGUCAUUGCAGCAGAUGGCCAUUACACAAAACCAUAUCCGAUCGACCACAUGCAAGUAGCAACUGGACAGCGUUUCGACGCACUCUUUCGUGCAAAGACGGUAGCGGAGCUUGAGGCCUCAGGCAAGACUGAUUACUACAUCCAGUUUGAGACGAAAGACCGACCUGCUGUCUACACUGGAUUUGGCAUUCUGCGCUACCCCAGCAUCAACGGAAAUCAGAUUACUACUCGGCCUAUGACAAAUCCUCUUGUUCUCUCUAACAACACAUACGACUUCCUCGAGUACGCAUUAGAGCCUUUGGUCCCUAACAACUUCCCAAAGGCAUCUGAGGUGACGCGACGCGUACACAUCACCAAUCAACAAAUCAUGAAAGGCUCAAUCGUUUGGCAAAUGGACGGCCUUAACUGGACAGAAAAUGCUCCGGAAAACAGCCCCCCAUACCUGGUAGAUAUUUACAAGAAUGGGCCGAUCGCCAUGCCAAACUACACUGCGGCACUCGCAAACAACGACUGGGACCCAUAUACUCUUACUUGGCCUGCCAAGCUUGGAGAGGUCCUUGAGAUCAUCCUCGAAAACACAGGAAGUCUAGUCAACAACAACAGCGGGGUGGAUCAUCAUCCUAUGCAUCUCCACGGCAAGCACUACUACGAUGCCGGAACCGGAAAGGGCAAAUAUGACCCUGUUGAGCAUGAGAAGAAGCUAGCAAACUACAACCCUGUUCUACGUGAUACUACUAUGUUGCACCGGUACGCUCCCAAGGGUGUGGCUGGAGAGGUGCAUUCGUGGAGGGCCUGGAGAAUACGUGUCGAGGCCCCAGGAGUUUGGAUGCUGCAUUGUCACAUUAUCCCGCAUAUGAUUAUGGGCAUGCAGAGCGCUUGGGUGUUUGGUGACUACAAGGAUAUUGCGUUGAUUCCUUACAAGGGCGCCGAGGGGUAUCUGAACUAUGGCGGAAACGCAUAUGGUGACAGCGAUUCACCACUAGUUGCGUAUCACUACUUUGACCAUAAGAAAGCCGACAGCAAAUAGCCAUCAGCUGCGCAUCACUACGAUCAUGAGAAAGAUUCUUGAUCUUGUAUUCCCAG